AUGCCACCUCUUCUCUUAAAACUUUCCGAAAAACGCCCAGUUCGAUUACAUUAUUUAGGCGUUUCUUACGGUCUCACUCCAUCCCUGCACAAAUUUUGGAAGAAUUCGGGAUUUGUUCCACUUUACCUGCGGCAAACGCCUAAUGACUUGACCGGAGAACAUACAUGCGUCAUGUUAAAGGCGUUAAAGUGUGAUGAUCUAGAAACUACAUGUGAUCCAGAAUGGUUGACAGCAUUUUCGAAAGAUUUUCAUAAAAGAUUUUUAAAUUUAUUAUCAUAUAAAUUUCGAGAUUUUCCUAGCAUUUCAGCAUUAAGCAUAAUGGAGGCCGCAGAUGCUGGAAAUCGGAACAAAAAGGAUAUAAAAAAAGUGUUUGAAAAAAAUACACUUUACACACAAUUUUCGACCUAUGAUCUCAAACGACUUGAAUCAUACGCUAAUAACAUGUUAGAUUAUCAUGUUAUUCUGGAUUUGAUUCCAUUAAUAGCUAAUCUGUAUUUCGGAAAGAAAUUUGAUGGGGAUGUUAAACUUUCUGGCGUUCAAAGUUCGAUAUUACUAGGUAUAGGUUUACAGAGAAAAGAUAUUGACGAUUUAGAAAAAGAACUAUCGCUUCCUUCAACACAAAUCCUGGCAUUAUUUAUAAAGAUAGUUAGAAAAAUAUCUACAUAUUUUCGUUCCUUGGAGACAGCUGCAAUGCAGGAAAUUCCGGAAGAAACAGCUGUCAUAAAGAAAAAGAAAGCUAUUAAGUUGAUGGAUGGAGAUGUCACACCCAACUCGACAUUGCAAGAUGACCGGGGCGAGGAAGAGGAUGCAGAAGCGUCAUGGGACCCUGUACCUAAAACUCUCGAGGACGAUUUAGAAGAGGCUGGUGACAAUAUUAUGAAACAAAUGAGGGAAAAACAGAGAGAAUUAAUUAAUUCUUUAGAUCUUUCAAAAUAUGCUAUAACUGGAUCAUCACAAGUUUGGGAGGAAGCCGAAUCACAAAUUUCCGCUGUAACUUCAGGAAAAAAAAAUACCUCAACAGUAGUCAGUAUUAAAAACACGGAAUCUGCGAAUAAACGUAAGUCCACGGAAACUGCAGCCGAUAUUGUAGCACAGGAAGCGAAGAAGAUGAAACAGGCUGGCGGGAAAAAAUCUCACAGAAAAUCAAAAAACAAACGUUAG